AUGUCAGCAUCACACAAAUCGGCACCACAGGCUUCCGAAGUGACAUCCAGGACCCUAAAUCCUGUUCCACCUCCCCGAGCCCCGCGAUCGCUGCGGGAAAAAGUAUUAAAAAAAACCACAAAGCCAAAGGUAUCAACCAGCGAUCGUGGCGACUCCACAACGACCUUCGCCACUGCCCCGGACCCGCUCCAGACAGCUCUGGAGAGAGUCACCAACUGGAGCCUGGAGGAAGACAACCCUCGUCCAAUCAUCUCCGACGACGAGUCAUCAUCGGUAAACUCCGUUCCUGAGUCUCCCACAGCCGAAAUUCCGGAAAGGGGUAGAAUGAGUUUAUUGAUAAACUCCAGCAGGCGGCUUGGCGUAGAGAUGGAUAUGGCAACCAAGGAAGCCAACGAAAUGCUCCUCAAAGGGAAGGAGGCAUUAGAAUGCGCCGGUAACAUGAAGAGGGAGUGCAAGCAGACGGCACUCGAGUGCUUGCAGUCCCUCUACGAAAUGGUACUGGCACUAUCGGACUCCAGGUCCCGACAUAAAUAUAACCUGGAGAAGGAGCGCACUCGCAGCGCACAAGAACUAAUGCGAGUAGAGCGCGCCCACACCAAGACCGUGACGGGGCUGAUAAAAGAACUGGCCUCAGAUCUGGAUAGUGCCAGAAAAGAAAUCAAGAAUACCUUGACGGAAGCCAAAAACAUACGCAGUUGGCUGGACUUUGAAACCCAGGAGCCAUUCAGGAAAAUCAGUGAGAUCCAGGGUGGACUCAAAGAACAGGAAAAGCGGAUCAAAGCCCUCCAGGACUUCGCUAAAGAUGACGCAGCGGCCAAGAACUCCGCAAACAUUUCCUCUCUACAAGGCAAGGUGGAGAUCUUAUCGAAUAAUACAAAUGAGAUGCGCUCCACCUUGCAAAAAAUGUGCGAAAAGACCUUUGCACAAAUAGAGUCCAGCCACAAGACCCUAAAGCGUAUGGAGAAGGCGCUUCCUUCCCCAACUAAUGACGGCAUAACUGAAAUUGCGAACCUCAGGAAGCUAGUGGAGGAAGUAAAAGAUCAGGCAAAACAACAGCAAGCCAUCGAUCCCACAGCAGCUUCCAUAAAUGAGGAAGUGCUGAACAGGAAAAUUAAUCCCCUUCAGGAAAAAAUUGAAAUAAUGUGCUCGGAGCUUAGGACGUUAAGGGAACACCGAAAUAGAUCUUCGGAUCACACGGCCGUCAACCUGGCGACGGAAAUGGGAAUAGCCACCAAACCUGAAGGCAAACCGAAGCCUUCUUACGCCAGAGUGGCGGCCACUCCACCACCUCCAAAACCCAACCACACGCUUAUAGUGUCAUCGACAGACCCGAAAAAAACCGGGGAGAACGUCAUUGACAUUAUACGGGAAGCCCUGGACACAAAAACAACGGGUGCCAGGGUGGAAAGGUACACCACUGCUGGGAAGGAU